UCACACACACACACACAGCCACACACUCUCUCUCUCUCAGCUGGAGCUUCUCAUUCAGACAACAACCCGUGAUAAGGGUGUGCACACCAACAGCAUGGAUGUACUUAUGCCCUCGUUGAUCGGGGACCAUCCGAAAAUCAUGGCAGAGCCGAGUGUUCAGAUCUUCGAGCAGCCCAAACAGAGGGGCAUGCGCUUCAGGUACAAGUGUGAGGGGCGUUCUGCAGGCAGCAUCCCUGGAGAGAGGAGCUCUGACAACAACAGGUCAUACCCCACCUUGCAGAUUAUGAACUACUGUGGGAAGGGCAAAGUGCGCGUUUCCCUCGUAACCAAGAACGAGCCCUAUAGGCCCCACCCCCAUGACCUGGUGGGCAAGGACUGCAAGGAGGGAUUCUACGAAGUUGAGUUUGGCCCAGAGCGCAAGGUCAUCGCUUUCCAAAAUCUGGGUAUCCAGUGUGUGAGGAGGAGAGAGGUAAAGGACUCCAUAGUGCAGAGGAUGACCAAAGGGAUCAACCCAUUCAAUGUGCCACGGGAGCAGUUGUUGCAGACAGAAGAAUAUGACCUGAACGUGGUGCGUCUGUGUCUCCAGGUGUUCCUACAGGACGACAGCGGACAAUACACCCGCGCCCUCAACCCAAUUGUCACAAACCCCAUCUACGACAACAGGGCUCCGAACACGGCUGAGCUGCGUAUCUGUCGGGUCAACAGGAACAGUGGCUGUGUGAGGGGAGGAGACGAGAUCUUUCUGCUGUGUGAUAAAGUCCAGAAAGAUGACAUUGAGGUGCGUUUCUUUUGUCCUGGCUGGGAGGCUAAAGGCUCUUUCUCCCAGGCUGACGUUCACCGCCAGGUGGCCAUCGUCUUUAAGAGCCCGCCCUACUACGACACGUCCAUCACCGGCCCGGUCACCGUUCACAUGCAGUUACGACGUCCCACCGACCAGGAAGUCAGCGAGCCCAUGGAGUUCAGAUAUCUACCCGACGACAAGGAUCCCUAUGGUUGCCAGGAGAAGAAGAGGAGAAGAGAGCACCUGAUGAAAGCCUUACCUGGGUUCUUACCAUCAGGUGGAAUGAAUCCGAUGAACAGACUGAAGGCAGUACCACACAGUCCCAUGGCCCAGGCCAUGAGAAAAGACCUCAACAUGUACAUGAAACCCCCCUCUGCUGCUAUGAUGCGCCAAACCCCUCCUGCCAUGUACAACCAACAUUACCAACAACAGAGCCCUCAGCAGCACACAAUGAUGACAUCACCCAACCAGGUGUCCAUCAACCAGGUGUGGCCCCACCCCAACCCGACGUUGUCCCUGGAUACCAUCAGAAUUAACCCCUCGAGCACCGGUAGUAGCCAGGUUAACGGUAUGCAGCGACAGCAGGUGAACCACUGUGUUACCUCUGGGUACCUUCAUGGAGGGGAGAGCAGCGGUGGUGGAGGUGGUGGUGGUAGAGACAGCCUGCCCCAACUCACCAUGGGGGACCUGCAGUGUCUGGGUCUGGAGUCCAAUCUCCAGGGUCCUUCGGCCAGCCAAGCCCACCCCGGUGGGCCUGACCUCCAGCACCACCAGCAGCACCACCACCACCACCACCAACAGCACCACCACCAGCAGCUCCACCAGAGGAAAGAGUCAUCCUGCUCCCAGGGCAUGGGGAGCCAGGAAGGGCAGAUCCAGGGGAGUCAGACCCAGACCCUGGGCCUCCAGGCAGCCUGGCACAGCUACAGCCCUCAGCCCCCAGCCCAGGGCACUUUGAACGGGACUGGAAGUGGUGGCGGAGCGGGGUCCCUGGGGUUGAGCUUCCUCCUGGAUAGCGUGGAGAGUGAUGAGAUCAUCCAGGGCCUGGUGGGAGGAGGGGGCCCUCAGACCACCUUCCAGCUGAAGCAGGAGCCCCUAACUGGGGGACAGGAGGGCCAGAUGACCGCCUCUUGUUCCUUCUCCACCUCGGACGGCCAGCAGCAGCAGCAGUCGUACGCCAACCUCCUCCCCCGGCCUAUGAGUAACAGCAACGGCAUCGCCAUGGAGACCGCAAGGCAUGAAAGCACCAAUAGCAACUCCAACAACAUCCAGGCCCUCAAGAACUUACAGAACCCCUUCACCCCAGCCAAUGGAAUGGGGCAAGACGGUGUCCAUUUCGACUCCUUGGCUUCCUGGGCCUUUUUCACUCCACCGCAGUGACUCGGCACAUUCUCAGGCUGUGGAAAAUGCCUUGGGAAGUCUCAGUGAUAGAGCGAGUGCUUAGUCAUUUUGUCUGUGUGAGAAUGUGGUCAGAACUUGUGAACAGAUAUAGAGAUAUUUUCAGGGCUAGGUAACUCAACUGGCUAUAUGAAUAUGAUAUAAAUAUACUAAUUAUAUCACUCAUUCACUCUCAGAGUUAGAUGGGUUGAGUUCACUGCCAACAGAAGUAAUCAAUGCUUUGUGGUUUUAACAUGAUGAAUUUGCUUUAGAGGACAAGGGGGAUAAAGGUUAACAUAGACAGGUGAUGUUAUGAUGUUUUUUGUCAACACUUUACUUGAAGUGGGCUUUUAUAAUGGCCUUACUAAUGCAUACAGCUGUAAGAAUGGCGUUACACCUCUCAUGACAUGACCCCAAAUCAUGUUGUUAAGUUAAAAAGAAUACAAGAUUAAAAUUGUCCACACCGUUCAAACCAAUGAGGGUUCGGAACUUUAAAGCCAAUUAUCUCAGAAUGAUAUUUUUUUCAGAUAGAACCUUUUAGCUAUAAGGUCCCUAUUCAAGUGUUUACUGUUCCAUGCUCCAUAACAGUGUUAUGUUGUAGUGUGAGGCUGAUCAUAAAAAAACUGUCAUGACCUGUUACGUCAGCUGUUAUGUGUUAUAACAGCAUUAUAGAGGUAUUAUGACAAGUCCACUUUGGGUAAAGUGUUCUGUGUACUGUACAUAUACAAUAAAGCCAGUUGAGAGUUUAGCAUGUUCAAUCUCUACAAAUGCUAUAGCUCUGAAGAGUGGCGAGGUACUUAGAUUCCCUCAGAGGAAGAUUCUGGGAGUGUCCAGUCAAGUCACUGUUGGAAUACUUCAGAGAUGCAUCCUUGUUUCCUUGUUUCCUUGUUUCCUUGACCUAUCCUAUCACUCACCGAGCUAUAAGUGAUAGUUUAGCUGAAAGCAACGUGACCGCCUUUUAUUACUUCCACCAAUCCAACCAAUUCAGAUGAAUGGUUACUUCAGUUGAGGUAGGAAGGAAGGAUGCAUUUCUAAAGAAUUAGAACAGGAUCAGUGUUAGGUAGCACUGUGAUAUCCCCAGGUAAUGGCUAUGCCAUAUUAAUAAUCACAUGUGCUAUCUAUCCCAGAGUUCUCAGGGCAUUGUGAUGUGGACAAGACAGUGGAACAUUCCAAAUGGCACCCUAUUCCCUAGUGCACUAUAAGGGCUCUGGUCAAAAGUACUGCACUGUAUAGGGAAUAGGGUGCCAUUUGGGAUGCUGACCGUGGUUCCACAUCAAAUGCAUCAGUUACUUUUCAUGUCAUAAUUUACCCAAAUACCGUAUAUAUGGUUUAUAAAUGUUUGAUGGGUUUUGUCUUAAAAAGUUGUGUUGUUAUUUCCAUGAACAACAUUUUGUACGCUGAUGAUGUUUCUGUGGUAUUUUCCUAAAUGUUUUAUGCAAGUAAUUCUUAAUAAAUCUAUAUUUUAUUCCA